CUUCAAUUCCUCAGACAGCUUUCAAGACCCUUCGUUCGUGCUUCAUGUUCUCCCGCGUUUCAUCUCUCACAAAGCUGAGCCGGGGCUGUCGCUAUAUCCUCCGCCCUAGUCCUACCUACAUCACACAAACACCGUUCUCCCUUACCGCGCGCUCAUUCUCCGCUGUCAGUGCAGCCAUGGCGGACACUUCCGGUGUUACGGCGGAAUUGCUUCAGAAGAAGCUCGAGGAUGAACUGGAGGCUAAGACUGUGAAGAUUGAGGAUCUUUCUGGUGGCUGUGGACAGGCAUUUCAGGCUGUUAUCGUCUCCGACAAGUUCGCUGGAAAGACCCUGCUUGCCCGGCACCGUCUCGUCAAUGCUGUCCUAAAGGAGGAGAUCCCCAAGAUCCACGCUUGGACCCCGAAGUGCUACACCACUGAGCAAUACGAGGCCCUCGGAGAGUAAGCGUCUCGAGCCGACACUACAGGAUAUGACAUGAUACAAGAAAAAUGAUAAAGAGGGGCUGGAAAGGUGUCAAUGACGCCUACCUCAGGGCAAGGACCGACCGAUAUCCCUUGAUUUACUGCGAAAUACGGAUUGGUAGCUACACAGGAUGUACCUCCAAUCAACAUGCCAGAUCGUUUCACAUGGAAUCAAUCCCCAAUGAUAUUCCCAGGUCAGCAACUACCAAGCCGAGGUAAUUGCUGCCAGAAUUUGUUUGUACGAUAGAACUGAAUAAAAUGCCCUUUCCUUGAAAGAU